UGUUCACUCCGUUCACUCCGUUUACUCAGCACACACACACAACACAACACACACACACACACACACACACACACACAACACACACAUCCACCGCACUCAGGACAACUUUUCACUAAACUUUUUCACAGAUGGAAUUGGCGGAUGCUGUUAAGUAAGGGAUGGAGGGGGAGCAGGUUGACUCUUCUCUUGACCUGAGCCACCUCACAGACCAGGAGCAGUCCAUCAUCCUCCAGGUCUUACAACGUGACCUGGAGUUGCGUCGUUGUGAUGAAGGACGUGUAAGGAACCUCCAGCAGUCAGAGACAGACCCGGCACGUCUGCGCUUCCUGUCUGGGGCAUGGUUCAGCGAGGAGAGCAGCAAACGCCAUCGCAAUCGGACGUCAGGCUGCGACCUGGUCCAUGCCACCAUACGCCACAGGAAGACAAAGAGCAGAGAUGUGCCCCUGGCUGGACUGUUUAAUGGAGAGAAACAAGAAACCUCGCAUGAUGACAACAACUCUCCUGAGGCAGAGGGAAGACUGAAGGACAACAAGGAAGAGAAGAACGCAGGGAGUCAAGGAGGUUUGAAACCUACUCCCACACCCAGAACAAAAAGUCCAGUAGCACAGGGUCUCCAGCAUAGAAAUAGUUCCUCGUCAUCCAAAGAGUGUGAAAGGAGAAGUAAUGGCCACUCAGAGGAACCUGAGGAUGACUUUGAGCAUCACAAUGGAGACACUGACUCAAUGAGCAGCAGCCUGACGGAGGCAGACCCAGCUUCUCUGAAAACCAGCAGCUCCACCAGCAGCCUUCAUUCAGGCUACACGCUCAGUGGAAGCAUGAUGAGUCUGUUCAGCUCAGGAGAUUUUGGACUGGUGGAGGUGAGGGGCCGUAUCCAGUUCUCACUGGUUUACGAGACCCAGAGGGAGGAACUGCAAGUCAAAGUGCAUCGCUGCGAGGACAUCGCUUCAGCACGCAAGAACCGCUCCGACCCAUAUGUUAAAACCUAUCUCUUGCCGGACAAGUCGAGUCACAGUAAGAAGAAAACUUCAGUGAAGAAGAAGACACUCAGCCCAGUCUAUGAUCAGACACUCCGAUACAAAGUGAGGAUGGGGGAACUGCGGAGUCGGACUUUGAACCUGUCGGUGUGGCAUGCUGAGCCCCUUGGGAGGAACGUGUUCCUGGGUGAGGUGGAGGUGUCUCUGGGCCUUUGGGACUGGACUUCCACUCAGCCGCUGUGGCAGGACCUGCAGCCACGGGUUCAUUUGAAUCUAGACUCCAUCAGCAGUCGUGGGACCAUCAUGCUCUCUAUUAAAUUCAUUCCAGACGGAUUUGAGGGUAGCGGUCUGCCACUGACAGGAGAGCUUCACAUCUGGCUACGGGAAGCUCAAGGGCUCCUGUCCAACAAAGGAGGUGCUAUAGACUCAUUUGUUAGAAGCUACAUACUCCCAGAUGCUAGUAGACAGAGUGGCCAGAAGACACGGGUGGUGAAGCGCUCCAUCAGCCCUACCUAUAACCACACCAUGGUGUAUGAUGGCUUCCACACCAGCGACCUGAGAGAGGCCUGCGCUGAGCUGAGUGUCUGGCAACGUGAAGGGUUAAAGACACACGUCUUAGGAGGGAUUCGUCUGAGCUGUGGAACUGGUCAGAGUUAUGGUGAGUCUGUCAGCUGGAUGGACUCUACAGAAGAGGAGGUCGCUGUGUGGACCUCAAUGAUUGAAAACCCAAACCACUGGAUUGACAUGACACUACCAAUCAGAACUAACCUCAACCCCCGGUCUGAGUGACUCAGACACACUUCAUGCACAAACACACACUGAUUCAAAUAAUGGCUGGACUGAAAGAACACUCAGCACAUAGGCACAUUUAACCUCUCUAUACACAGAUACACUGUUUAUUUCUGUUCGUACACACAAACACACACAGAGGGAGUUAGUAGUGGUGCAAUAUUGUGAAUUAAUGGCGUAGAAAUAUUUAGUUCUGAAACCAAAUCUGUCUGCUUUUCAAAUGUUUUAUUUGUAUGUCUUGGCUUCAGUCUGUGUCUUAUCUGACAAAAGUGCAUUUGUAAUCCAUUGUAGUUUAUUGAUUAAAUAUCAAACCCGAACUUA